CCGGGCGGACCUCUCGUGACGUCAUCGAGCGGCCCGGAAGCUCCAACACGUGUGGGUCUUUCCCUACUCCCAGCUCCUUGGUCUUGGUGUCACUGAUCAUGGGUCGCUCCCGCAGGACCGGCGCGCACCGAGCACAUUCCUUAGCCCGCCAGAUGAAGGCCAAGAAGCGGCGGCCAGACCUGGAUGAGAUUCACCGCGAGCUGCGGCCGCAGGGGCUCCCGCGGCCCAAGCCAGAGCUGGACGCCGAGCCCGACCCGGACCUGCCAGGGGGCGGCCUGCAUCGCUGUCUGGCCUGCGCGAGGUACUUCAUCGAUUCCGCCAACCUGAAGACCCACUUCCGAUCCAAAGACCACAAGAAAAGGCUGAAGCAGCUGAGCAUCGAACCCUACAGUCAGGAAGAGGCUGAGAGGGCAGCGGGCAUGGGCUCGUAUGUGCCCCCCCAGCGCUUGGGUGUGCCCACAGAAGUGUCCACUGAGAUCCCUGAGAUGGACACAUCCACCUGAGGGGCCUGAGGAUAUAGGGCAGAGAAACUGCCCAUGGACAGUGGUUCAGUGCUAGUCUGAGAGUGUGUACUUUGUUUUUUGGGGAGAUGAUCUCUUCUGGGUGUUCUGCCCAAAAUAAAGGACCUGGACAAGA